AUGUUUGCUAGUGUGGCAGGUACGGUCACGCAGUCUUGGCGCCGCCAGGCUGCGCAGUUUGUGCAAAUGCUUCAAGUUAUCUCUCUGGCACUAGCUGUGUGGAAAGGUGUGAGCUUGCUGACCAACACUGAAUCGCCUGUGGUGGUUGUGCUGAGUGGUAGUAUGGAGCCUGCCUUUCAUCGUGGUGAUCUGCUUUUUCUCACAAUGCCUAGCAAACCGAUAGAGGUUGGUGAAAUUACUGUAUACAAGGUGCCCAACACAGAAAUCCCUAUCGUGCAUCGCGUUGUGGAAGCUCGUGACAAUGGCAAGAAGGGCCAGCUUUUACUGACCAAGGGCGACAACAAUGCUGAUGAUGACAUUAUGCUCUACAAAGGCCCACGGUGGAUUCGUGACGAUCAGAUUGUAGGUCGUGUGCGAGGAUUUGUGCCGUACGCAGGCUACAUCACUAUCCUGCUGAAUGACUACCCGGCCGCGAAAGUGGUUGUCCUUGGCUUAUUGGGCCUCUCUUUGCUCUUGGAACGUGAAUAG